UUGCAGACUUUCUAUCCAUGGUUGUCUCUUUGUCCAGUCCACAGACCUGGUCAGCAUGGUGUACAGCUGCAUCGGGGCGGAGAUUGAGGAUUCUGAUGGCAGCAGCUCCUGCGACAUCAAAGACACGGAGCAGGAUACUGACAGGUCCACCAUCGUCUCCGACGUGCCCCCCGACGCCCACACCAACGGCCACGUAGCGUCCUCCAGGGAGCAGCCUGAGAGGCAGGCGGAGGGUGUCCGGCAGGAGAGGAUCGUCCCCCUCACAGACCCUCGGAGCGACGUGGAGGAGGACAGAGAGGGGAGCCAGACCAGGCCCGAGCCCCCCCCACAGAGCUGCAAGCCCUCUAUGGCUGUCAUGAGGCAGAGACACCUGCAGGAGAGCCUAGAAGAGGCAGGCAGGCUGCAAGUAGAAGAGGACCAGAGUGACCGAAAACAUGAAGAGAAGCAGAGAGGAAGAGGACCAGAAGGCCAGCGUCCUCUCCUGCCCACCAAGCUGAGCCUCGAUAUCCUAAGAGAUACGAGCUCUCCAGAAAAGGCUGUGCGUUCUCCCAAAAGCUCGCCCAUCAGCCCAGGUGAAGAGCUGACCAAUGAGCAGAGGAGCCUCCCUCCAGCUCAGCCAAUCAUUGAAGAAGAUGGGACCAGCCCCCCAGCGUCUGCCAAUCCGGGGAGAGAAGCAGCGGAUCCUGCCAGUCAAGAUGAAGGCCGUAAUGGAUUCCCCGCAGCAUCGCGUCACACCAGGAAGUCCAACUCGUUCGACAUAGGCAUGGACCCGGACAGCCCCUACGAUCUGGAGAGGUCCUCAGAUCGCAGAUUCCCUGUGAAAAAGCCCAGUUUCCCCCAGUACAGAAACAGCUCUCUGGACUUCCCAGCGGGGACCAGGUGUUAUGAGAGCCCCCAGCUGGGCAACAGAGACGCGUUAUGACGUUACCAGAGCACCAGGAGGAGCUUUCUGGGGAGGGACUGGAACAACGAGGACUGGAGAGAAACAAGCUUUUAAAAAACCGUGUGGACUCAAGAGACAAAGCUCCAACAGCUGCUCCCCCCUCUCAAUUUUAACCCAUGUAAACAUUUUUUGCUGAAAAUGCAUGCACUGGUAUGCUUUCUGUUUUUAACUGGUUGCACUUGCUAUUUUCUCAGGCAUUAAGGACGCUCUAAACCCGUAGUACAUAAAGCACACAAUCCGUCUCUCCAGUCAUCAUGAACUAUUUUAUGCAUUUGUGCAAAAAUAUUGAGAAUACCGUCGUCUCAUCCCUCGUUCCCCGUCUUUUACUGACAAUCUGUGACUACUAAGAGUGAGUUUGUACCGUCUUGAUUCUAGUGAAGGUGUAAAUAAUGAAUCUAAAAACUGCACUAACCAUUGUGGUAAACAAUCAUGUUUUUAUUUGUGAUAAUAUGUCAUUUGAUAACUGUGUUUGUGAGUAUGCUUUUUGGUGGUGAUGAUUGAGAAAUGUGUGUUUCAUGCACUUAGCACUCCCAUCUCUUCAAGAGUAUUUAAGUCAGUCAGUGUUUGAAUCAGAUUUUUUUCAGGCCUGAAAAUUAGUAUAUUUUCUAAAAAAUGCUUCUAUGAAUCGGAAUAAAUAAAAUUGAC